AUGGAGAGGGUGUGUUCUACAACUCGCACAUACGAGAUUCGUCGUCAGCUUGGGAAUGGUUCAUUUGGCGUGGUUUCGGAGGCAGUAUGUAUUGAGACGGGUGAGACUGUCGCGAUCAAAAAGGUUCUUCAAGAUCCACGCUACAAAAAUCGAGAAUUAGAUGUGAUGAAACAGCUGCUACAUCCGAAUAUCGUUUCCCUUAAGGACUACUUUUAUACUGAAGGUCCUAACGAUACAAGUACUACAAGUGUCCAACGUUUCCUUAGCGUGGUGAUGGAGUACGUCCCCGAAACGGUGUAUCGCGCCCUCAAAGAAUACACACGAAUGCACACACACUUACCCAUCCCCCUUGUGCAAAUAUACGGCUAUCAGAUGAUCCGGAGUCUGGGCUACCUCCACAGUCUGGGCAUCUGUCAUCGCGAUAUCAAACCACAAAACCUUCUUGUGGAUUCCAAGACCCACGUAGUCAAACUCUGCGACUUCGGCUCCGCCAAAAGACUCUAUCCUGGCGAGACUUCUGUGUCCUAUAUUUGUAGCCGUUUUUACAGGGCUCCAGAGUUGAUGUUAGGUUCUACCGAGUAUACGUGUGCCAUCGAUACUUGGAGUACAGGCUGCGUUUUGGCCGAAAUGCUCAUUGGUCGUCCACUCUUUGCGGGGGACACUAGUGUUAAUCAAUUGGUCAAGAUCAUACAGGUCCUAGGAGCCCCUACACCGGAACAGACGCGAGCUAUGAACCCACAAUAUGGCGAGUUCAGUUUCCCCAGUUUCGUUGCCAAAAGUUGGAAGAGCGUUAUUCCUUCCCAAAAUGGACGUAUUCCUGAAGAGGUUUAUGACCUACUAUCCGAAAUGCUCAAAUACGAACCCGAAAAAAGAAUCGACCCAUACGCAGCCCUCGCUCACCCCUUCUUCGAUGAUCUCAGAAAAGAAUCAUUCAGACUACCCAGCGGUGCAGCCAUUCCACCACUCUUCGACUUCUCCUCCCAUGAACUCAAGCAGAUGACAGCAGAGAUCAGAAUCAAGUGCUUACCCGAAUGGAUCCGACAGAAAGCACUCUAG